AUGAAUUCUAAACAGAAGGAAAGUGCACAAAGAUCUGGAGUCCUGGUGGACUUUGAAGCAAAACCAAUAGGAAAAAACUCAUCAGUGAAUCCAAAUGGACCCCAUUCUAUACCAGUGUCUCUCCAAAACACCCUACAAAGCCAGACAAUGGGAGAAUAUUCUAGAAUGCUCCCUAACAUGUUCUUACAAACUAUCAAUUUUGAUGCAGCUUUCCAUCAACUGGGUCUGAGAGGUAAUGCUUCAGGAGUCAUGAAUGAUGACCAAGAUAAUGAUGAAGAAGAUUCUGAGGUCAAUCCUUUGGAGAGACAACAGGUGAUGGAACAAGCGCUCCUGUUACAGCGAUUCAAGGAACUCAGGCAAUGGCAGAUGCAGCAGCAGGAAUCCUUGAUGAAUCAACAGAAACAGCAGUUAGAACUAUUACGCAAAGAGCAGAUGGUAGUCAAGUCUGUGAUUAGUAAAAACAAGGACUCUAAGAAAGGGGGAAUGGCACUAAGUGAUGAUGCACUUACCAGGACUCCACCACAUUCCCAAAGAUUCACAAGGCCCAGGGAGAUACAACACAACUCUAGAGCAGCAGAAAUGUACAGUUCCAAAAAUUUACCACAACAGGAACCAAUGCAUAGUAGUGGGCAGCUCCCAGUCCCAGUGAUGUAUGUUCCAUUUAAUGAUGAUAAUGAUGAAAUAAAUACUAAUCCUGAUUUGUUCAGUGACACAAAUUCUCGCACAAGUGAAAUGACUGAAGAAAGACUUUACAGAGAGGAAAUGAUUCAGAGGAAAGUGAAGUCACCAGAAGUUGACGAUGAACAUGAAGAUGAUGAUGAUGAUGCAGAGGAGGUAGAUGAUGAUGAAGAGGAGUUAGAUGAAGACCAGAUAGAAAAUCUGUCUGAUUCUGAUUUAGAGGAGGGAGAUUUUGAGGAGGAGGAGGAUGAAACUGAAAGGGAGAUAACUGACCCUGAUGAGAGACCAAUUCUAGUCACCAAAACAUUUGAGGAGCUGUUGGAAGAACAGUUAAAAGCUGAAAGUGAAAAGAGGAAUUCUGAAAAUCAGAAAAGUGUGGACAGUCCAAGGCACCAGUUCUUAAAGAAAGGAGAGGGUACUGCAAGAUAUGGUUCUGCAAAAGAGAGGAAAGGCAAUAUAAGACCUCCUCCAAGACCCCAACCUGAACAGACUCUGGUUUUGAAAUCAAAUACCAGUAAACAACCAGAAAAGAUUGCAACAAAGAAUGGAUCACUUCAAACAAAUGCAAAAACUUCAAAGACAAACAUACAAAAACAUAAUGAACAGAAAAAAGGUGAAAAGAUACUCAGAGGUGCUCAACCUAUUAUGACCAAACCAACAGCAUCUAAAAACACAAAUGAUGUCUCUAAAAACAUUAAAGCUUCUAACACCCAGAGUCAAAUGUCUAAUAAGGUCAGCCAGGAAAAUAGCAUGAAACAAGAGGGAAAUAUUAUCAAGAAGAAAAAUGUUCAGAGAAGGGAUUCCAUCCCAGAUGAUGCAUCCUUUGUUGGUAAACUCAGAGAAAGAGAGAUCAAGGAAGAGUUUGAGAAAGGUGACCUUGAAGAAUUUGAACUGCUGGAAAAUUUGGCUGACAAUAUGUCAUACUGUAGUAACACAUCUGUAAUGGUUCAGAGAAUGGAGGACAGGAUAAAGGAGACAAAGAAAAGACAAACAACAUUGUCAUUAAAACCUCUCUCACAAACUGUAAAACCAAAUGUACAGAAGAAUGAGCAAACAGACAAGACAGCUCCAAAACCAGUUACAAUUCCAACAGCUUUAACAACAGUAACAAGAUCAGAAUCCCCUAUGUUAGCUAACAAAGAGCUACCUAAGUCAACCAUGGAAGAACCUGAAAGUGAAACUGUAGGCAGUGAUGAAGAGACAGAGUCUGAUGAUUCCGAGUCAAGUGACUCUGACACUGAAACAAGUGAACAGGAUGCAGAAAGUGACCUUGAUCAAGAAAACGUUAAGGACACUGCCAAAGAGGACAACAAUCAAAAUGCUGAAGAAGAAAGAGUCAUGUCUCCAUCAAAGUUAAUGAAGAGAAAGAUUGCACAGAAGGAUAAAUCAAGUCCCGUUCCUCAGCUCACAAGAGAAAGAAAUGUUCUCCAUUUGUUUAAGAGUUUGGGUGUUGAGAAAACUAUUGAAAUUAAAACUGACCACAUUAACGAUAGUAAUGACCUAAGUGAAACUGAUGAUAGUGAAAAAGACUUUCAAAUGCAUAGUAAAUUGCUUACCAGAAGCACUGAAGAAAGUGACAGUGAGGGAAGCUUGGUUUCUUAUUCAGACUUAAACAUUAAGAAAAACAAAGAUGAAAAUAAAGACAAAGCAACAGCUAGAAAAACAAAUGUUCUUGAAUAUGAUGAUGAAGAGGAGUGGGGAGAAACAACAUUGACGUCCCACUCACCCCAGGCCUCUAGUCAGAAAACCAAACCUGAGGAGAGUGACACACCACCAACCUCAAAACUGAUGACCAAACUUUUCCCAAAAUUGAAAAAGGAGGAACCUAAAGAGACAAAGAACCAGGGCAAUUUUCAUGUGAACAAUGUUUUGCCGUCUGAAGGUGUUCAGUCAAAGUUGUUACGAGAGAAACUGGCAGAGUUAGAUAAAGAGAUAGAGAAAUUUAGGAAUGAAAAUGUGAAUCUUCAGAAAUUAAGGAAAGAAAGAGAGGAAGGUUUAUCAAAGCUUAAGAAGGAAGUUUCUGAUUUUGAAAAAGAGAAAUCAGAAGAGUUGAAGAGAAUCCAAGAAUAUAAAACAGAAGAGAUGAAGAAACUGAGACACGAAAAGAAGGUGUUUGAACAGUUACAAAAAGCUAAAAGAAAUAACCCAGAUAAAAAAGAGAGAGAGGAAAUAGAGAUGUUGAAAACUCAGCUGAGAGAACUCCAGGAAGAGCUGAAAAGAAAGGAAUUAAGGUGGGCGUCUAAUGAUGCCAGAACAAAAGAAAAACUUAAACAGCUUGAACAGGAGAAUUCACAACUGAAGGAGGAAAUUAAAGCAAUGGAAAGAAAACGCCUAGAGUGGCUGCAGAAAGAGAAGAAUUUACAAGAAAAGAACACCCAAGGAAAAGGUGCUGUGUCUAAAUCUGCUGCAAGGCAACAUGGUAUAUCAACAUCAGCUGACUUUCAGAUGACAGACUCUGAUGAAGAGAAAGAUCCUGUGAGAGAUGUUCCCAUCAACAGACCAGCUAGUUCUAUGUCUUCUCAAUUCUCACACAAGUCUGAUUCAAGCAGGCCACAGUUUGAUGAAAGAUCAGCUGCUCUAAGGCAAAGAUCUGUCACAGGUUCAGGGAAUUUCUACACAGCACAGCCAGAAAACACACUAAAUCCCAAAAAUAGGCUGAGUGAAAACUCCCAAACCAUGAAGGAGGACGUACCAAGAGAUGAUCCUGUUGUCUCUGCAGUUCCACAGGACACAAGUAUGUAUACAGAAAGUGGCAUGGAUGGUUCUUACCUUGAAUGUGUUCCUAGAAAGACUGCUCAGAAAUAUUCCAUCGAUCGCUCAGUCAUUGAUAAAGGGGAUAAAAGAUUCCGAGAAAUUCAACAUCCUGAUGGAAAAGUUGAAAAAACCUACAGCACAGGAGUUCGUGAAAUUUUGUUUCCAAAUGGUACAAGGAAAGAAAUUUCUGCAGAUGGAAAAUCUGUGGUUGUGUCUUUCUGUAAUGGUGAUGUGAAACAAAUAACUGCAGAUCAGAGAGUUAUAUAUUAUUAUGCUGAAGUUCAAACAACACACAGCACAUAUCCAGAUGGACUUGAAAUUAUACAGUUUCCAAACAACCAAGUUGAGAAACACUAUCCAGAAGGCACAAAAGAAAUCAUAUUCCCAGAUCAGACAAUUAAAUACCUGUUCUUGAAUGGAUCCGAAGAGAGCAUCUUUCCUGAUGGAACAGUGAUUCGGGUGGACAGAGAUGGGACCAAGACUAUGGAGUUUCCAAAUGGACAGAAGGAGAUUCACACUCAGGAAUACAAGAGAAGAGAAUAUCCAGAUGGAACUGUUAAGACAGUGUAUCCGGAUGGACGACAGGAAACCAAGUAUUCCAAUGGCAGGAUCCGAGUGAAAGAUCGUGAUGGCAAUGUUAUUAUAGAUAGGAGAUCAUAGCUUACUUCCUGUAUUUUUUUUAACUCUUAUUGACUAGAUAUUCUUGUUUUAUAAUUUAUGCAUUAUGCACAACCAAGUUGAUAUUCUGUAAUCAAUUUAAAAUAUCUCUCCUAUAAAAAUAAGUUAUUUUAAAGAAAGAAAAUAUUAGUCAUGACAGAUUAUUAUGUGUGCAGUAUAUAUCUGUAGAAAUGUUUGUAAA